CGCAACAAUUUAUGUGAAAAUUAGUCGUAGUACUAAAUAUUUCGGGGUGUUUUAGAAACUAAUACUAACUAGGGAGUCGUUUUAGUAUUAGUAAAUCGAAAAAGGACUUUAUAUGGUAAAUGUAUAUAGCAAAUAUUAUUUCUCAUUUCACCCAAAGAUCACAAAAAAAGAAAAAAUCACUGAAGCUAUGAACCUCCAAGUAGAACCACCGGAGAAAAACAAGAGGAAGAAGAAGAAGAAGACUAAGAAUUCGUCACCACCACAACCUUCAUCUCCGUCGUUUUCUCUACUUCCAGACGAUAUCGCCGUGAACUGCUUAGCCCGGAUCUCGAGGUCGCACUACCCGAAUCUCUCAAUCGUUUCCAAAAGCUUCCGCUCACUUGUCUCUUCCACAGAACUCUACGCAGCUCGAUCUCACCUCGGAAGCACCGAGCAGUGUCUCUACGUCUGUCUAUCUGAUAAAAGCUAUCAAUUUCCCCAAUGGUUUACCCUCUGGACUAACCCUAAUCGAAAUCUACCCAGGAAGAAGAAGAAGACAAUCGGACAAUUGUUGGUUCCGAUUCCGCCUUCUGAUUUCCCUUCCGAAUCAGAAUCCACCGUAGUUGUUGGUUCAGAAAUCUAUGUAAUCGGCGGACCAAUCGACGGAGCACCGUCAUCCGCCGUACGAAUCCUUGACUGUCGUAGUCACACUUGGCGCGAUGCACCUAGCAUGAUCGUACCCCGUAAGCAUGCCCUCGCGUGUGUCUACGAAGGGAGAAUAUAUGUAAUGGGAAGUUGCAAAGGAUUAGAGGAAGAAUCAUCAUCAUGGGCUGAAGUGUUCGACACAAAGACUCAGACUUGGCAAAGCCUACCUGAUCCGGGUCCUGAGAUACGUAACUGUUUCCUUCACAGAAUCGCAGAGAUUGAAGGAAAGAUUCACUUGUGGAACUCAUCAAUCAAAACGUAUGCUUAUGAGCCAAUUCAAGAUAAAUGGGAAUGCAGUGAAGGCAUGAUUGAAAAUUUCCCGAGGUCAGAAUGUGUUAUGGAGAAUGUAUGGUACAUUUAUCGUGUCAGGCUCUGCCAGUGGGCUGUAAAGGAUGGAUCUUGGAAAAAUGUGAAAGGGUUAGACUCGCUAAGAGAGAUUUACCGGAGGAAUGGUGGCUCAAGCGGUAAUACAACUAAAUUUGUUAGCUGUGGUGGGAAACUCUUGCUUAUUUGGGAAGGGUAUAUGAAGCAUAACCCCAAUAACAGGAAGAAGAUUUGGUGCGCGGAGAUUGUGGUCGAAAAGGUUGAUGAAGAUGAGGUUUGGGGAAAUGUUGAGUGGGUUGGUGUUGUGCAAAGCGUCCCCACUUCGUGUCAGCUCUUGCAUUGUCUCGUUGUCUCCGUUUGAUUAUUGACUUGUAUCCGAGUUGGAGAGAGGAGAAGAAAGCAGAGGCAAAAGGAGCGCACAACAAGAGUGAAGGAGAUCUAUUAUAAGUUAAAACUUCAUUUUGUAUAGAUCUUAACUUCAAACAAAAUACUUUAACUUAUAUAUCAGUUAAGAUCAUAAAACUUCAUUUUGUCAAACCAGCUACAGAAACUUGGUAUUUUGUCUUUGGAUAUGUUUAUCUAAAAAUCCCUUGUUAUUAACGAAUGCGAUUCAUUGG